CUAAAAGAUAAUAAGAGUAAUAACUCCUACAGUGAAAUGAAUUACGGGGCUGGUAAAUCAAAGUUUUACACUUCAAUUGAUAGCGUUAGUCACGCUAAUGUUAGUAAACUUUCAGCUCCAAGCACCAAAAAAGAUCAAACGUUAUAUUUAUCCAAUUCUACUUUUUACAACGAUACACAAGAAUCUAAACCGGAAUCGUGGAGCAACACCGAUAUCAACGUAGUUAGACAAUGUCGUACCCAAGACUGCAAAUUUUUUGGUUCGGCCGAAAAUCAAUUUUAUUGUUCGCAGUGUUGGUCCGACGUCGGCGCUGAGACGAAAUUCAAGCUACCUUAUGAUAAUAAGUUUUGUCAAACAAAAAAUAAAUGAGCCUGAUUUGAUUUUGUUCUCGGCACGAUUUUGCAGCUUCAAGCCAAUUCAUCGUUUUCUACUCGUGCAUAUAGUAUUCAAUCACAUUUCUUUUCUUAACGUAGCUUGCAAAAGGAUUGUACUUUUGUUAAUUUUAUCAUAAUCCAUCCAACGACGAAUGUUAUUAAAGUUCAUGUUUAUAUGAAGUAAACUACACCUCAAGUAACGUAAGAUAGUUUUAAGCUUCAUGUUGAAAAUUAGAGCUUUAUUCAAUUCACCUACUGAUGUGUUGCGACUUAAAUUCAUGAUCAAAUAUAUUUUCGUACGAUUCUUGUACUUUAUUAUUUUUUUAUUUCUCUGUAAUUUGAAUUAGGUACAGUCGACGUUAUGCCAAAAAUAUACGUAUAUUGAUGUAUAGUUAAAAGUUCACGAGCUUUAAAAAUAUUUAAUGUCGGAACUACCUACCUUAACUAGAGUAUUUGAACCCAUGGAUCAAUAACGACAAUCCUGCCUUGCCUUGUGCGCCCAUAACAAAAUAAUUAAUACUCGACAAUACGUCACGCUUAUUUAAGUUAUUAAAAUUUUUCUUUUUCAAUCACGUGCUUCGUAGUUCUUACCAUCAUAAACGACUAUAAACAAUUGAAGCGUACGACACAGUAUAUUUUUGCGAAUCUCUUCAACAAUUAAUGAUCAAAAUUAAUUUAAAAUGAGAAUAUAAAAAAAAGUAC